UCAGCGGUUGCCGUGAUGAUGAUGAAGGAGGGGGUGCUGGUGGUGACUGUGGACGUGUAGCCUUGACCCGGGAUCCAACCGUGAUCUCGUUGCUGCUGAACAACGACGGCGACGAGGAAGAGGAGGAGGAGAAACAACAACAACAACAACAAGGGAGUGGCAAGGAUUGAUAAAGGCGCGAGCGGGAGGCAGCAGCAGGCAUGGCGAGCAGCGAGUGAAGACGCAGCCGGGUUCGUCGGCGUCGCGGAUUGUGGUGGGUAGAGCGGUAAGGUGUGCAGUGUGUAGACGUGGUGGUGCUGCUGCUGCUGCUGUGAGUCAUCAUGGAUGAGCUGGCGGGCGUCUCCCUGCUGUCCCUGGCCAUGCUGGUUGGGUGCUACGUGGCUGGGAGCAUUCCCCUCGCUAUCAGCCUGUCCGAGGAGAAACUGAAGCUGGUGACACUGUUGGGAGCAGGUCUUCUGUGCGGCACGGCGCUCGCCGUCAUCAUUCCCGAAGGCGUGCACGCUUUGUACGAGGAUGCGCUACACGACGCCCACUCACACGUCACGCAGGGUGCCAAGGAGCGCUCGCACGAGGCCGCGGUGGGAGCCGCGGGACCUGUGGCGGCGGCGGUGGCGGCGGCCGAGGCCCACGCGGAGGGGCACGCCGAGGGGCACGCGGAUGGGCACGCGGAGCUGCACGCCUACAUCGGCGUGUCCCUCGUCCUCGGCUUUGUCUUCAUGCUGCUCAUCGAUCAGAUCGGCAGCUCGCACAUGCACACGCAGGACGACACAGAAGCGGGCCGAGCUGCAAACUCUAAGAUGACGACGACACUGGGCUUGGUGGUUCAUGCUGCAGCGGACGGGGUUGCAUUGGGUGCCGCUGCCUCCACGUCCCGCACGGCCAUUCAGCUCAUCGUGUUCGUGGCCAUCAUGUUGCACAAGGCGCCGGCCGCGUUUGGCCUCGUCUCGUUCCUGAUGCACGCGGGACUGGAGCGGAACCGCAUCCGGCGCCACCUGCUCGUCUUCUCGCUCGCCGCCCCCGUCCUCGCCAUCGUCACCUUCCUCGUCCUCAGCCAGAGCGGCAAGGAGUCCGCGUCCACCGUGGAUGCCACGGGGGUGGCCAUGCUCUUCUCGGCGGGGACCUUCCUCUACGUGGCCACGGUGCACGUUCUGCCGGAGGUGGGCGGCGCCGGCCACAGCCACCGCCCGGAUGGGGGGGGGUCGGCUCCCGGGGGGGGCCCCGGGGCGGCGGGAGCGACGGGGGGAGCGGGAGGGGGCCCAGCGGCCGGGCCGGCGCUGAGCAAGGUGGAGCUGGCUGUGCUGGUGAGCGGCUGCCUCCUGCCGCUCGUUCUGUCGCUGGGACAUCAGCACUGAGCAACGACGGGUCGUGCGUGCGUGUGUGUGUGUGUGCGUGUAUGCAGUAAAUAUGUGGGUGUGUACGUGUGUGGGUAUGUACGUGUGUCUGUUUUAGUACGUGAUUCUAUGUGUGUGUGUGUGUUUGUCUUUGUUGUACUACUACACGUGUAUGUGUGUGUGUUCAGGCAUGUUUGUGUGCGUGUCGGGAGUGGUAUCGUAACGGUUAGCGUGUUGCGCUACGAACCCGGCGACUCGAGUUUGAUUUUGGCCAACACCACAGUGACAAUUAUCUGACCUGGUACUGGGCGUCCCCGAAGGUCUACUCAACCUCAAAUGAGUACCUGAUGUGUAAACAUCACCACUUGGGAGACAAAGGUGGCUAGGCAUGGUGCUCGCCACACAACCCACUCAUGUGCUGUGCCCGCCUUCAUAGGUGCUCGCUAACAGUACUUGUCUCAAUAGCAUGUGUAGGCUUCACGAGGCAUCUUUAAAUAACUUUGUUUAUUACAUGUAUGUGUGUAGGUGUGUGCGGUACCCAUUUGUACAUGUACGCAGCACGUGUAUGUGUGUUAAAUACAUGUGUAUGUAUGUACUUAGUAUGUAUGCGUGUGUGUAUCUGAUAUUUGUGUGUAUGCGUGUGUGUGAAAUGCAUGUGUACUAUGCACUGCACGUGUGUGUGUGUGGGUGCACGUGUACUAUGUACAUAUGUAUAUUGCAUGCGCGUGUACGUGUGUGUCUAUAUCCUAGCGUGCGUGUAUGUGUGUGAUCUACGUUCUCGUGUGUGCAUGCACGCACUUGCGUCCGUGCACGUGCGCUCGUGUACAUACAUACAUGCAUUCUUGCGUGCGUACGUGUAACGUGUGUGUACAUACAACCGUUACAUGAGUAGGAAUUUAUUGCGCAUUUCUAUUUCAAAAAAAUACGCGCUGCCCCGUUGGCCCAACAAAUUAAUCCGGGACUUUAGCCACAGCGUCCCGAGUGUUUUACGUGAAACAAAACACAAAAUGAUGGGUAUUUUUCUUUUUAGAUGCCAACUUUGUUAUUGUUGUCAUGUUUAAUUGUUUUUAUUGCGUCAGCUGGAAAUGAUAACCCUAGCCUUAACCAAUAACCAACGAGGAACAUCAAGUGUCCAGUAUGACCGCCACACACGGGUUUUGCUGUUGUUAUGAAUCAUCAGUUUGGCAGAGCCAUAGGGAUGUACUUGUGCAAUUUUCGGAAGACGCCGUCGUGAUAAGCCACCGCUUAACACGAGCAUUUGGGUGGCGCUGAUCUCCGUCUGCGAUUCCGAGCCAGCAGUGGAAAUUCUACGUUUCCACCGCAAGGGGCCAGUCUCGCCAUAGGAUGACUUCUCGUUUUAUCUACCCAUAGUGGAUGAUGAUGAUGAUGAUGAUGGACCGUGUCGACAUGCGACCCCUGAAUUGAACUCGCGUGCUUGAGCACCUCAGGAUUUGACAUGGAACAAGCUUAUGGAGAAUCAUUUUUUUGCACUGCUAUUCAUUAACCUUCGUUGUGAAUCGAAUGCGAUGAGCGCGAUGGCCGUGGAUUAAUUCAUGAAAAUUUCCUUUUUUUUUUUACGCCCUUUACCCCGGUUUUAGUUAACAGGGUUCUGUGAAGGCUUAUCGCCGGCCAGUUUUACAAGAAGAAAACUAUACAUUAUUAGAAGUGUUUUCGUCUAAAAAAAAUAUAUUAUUAAUAAUUUCUAGUGGUUGGUUAUCUUUUUUGCAGAAAUAAUUAUUAGGGAAGCUGCAACGCAAUGACAGAACAGCUCUUAUCUUGUACGUAUGCAAAUAUGCUGCGUCCCGGGCUGUCUGACGCAAUCAUGAGGCUAAAUGACAAAAUAAAGAUUUUUGAGUUAAGUACAAGCGUGUCAUCACAUCACUGUCACCUCCAAUACACCAUCGCACGCAAUGAAGUGUGGACCUUAACAAAAUUUCACAUCGUUGUUGGACAUCCCAGACCAUGGGCUAGGAAAUUAUCUACAAGAUAAGGGGGCCUUUCUGCGGUUUGCAACUUGACACGAACAGCUGUUACGACUGGUUGUGGUCAACAUCGAAUCGUUGAUCACCGGGGAGUGGGGCGAUGACGCGGCAGUUUUGCGCGCGGCUCCCUGUGAACCAGGCGAAUCGCGAACACCGGUAACCGUCGAGCGAUUUCGGAACCAUUCCGUGGCCCUCCACCCUCUCCUCCCCUCGUUCAACCCCAGCACUCUUGACAAGUGCGGUAAAGAAAAAUGGUCAAACAAACCUCCCACGGCAAACAGGGCGUGUGGGGAGGCCUUCAUCCAGCAGUGGAUUGAUAAAGGGCGUGAACACGACCUGCCUGAGGAUGCACUCAAAAGUUGUGAGCCCGGCGCAAUGUUGAACUUCUUAAGCACCGUACGUAGCCAACCGUGCUAAUCCGAUGUGCGGGGAAAGGACGACAAAAAUGCCGGUAUUUGCGAUGCGGAUUUCACCGCGCUCGCCGAAUAAUCCUCCCUACGUUUGCAAAGCCUUUGUUUUUGGCACAUCCCAGCAAACGCUUUGCUGUGAGCAUUGGUUAUCUGGUGCAGGCUUGCACGUAACCCGCAUUCGCACUGGAAUGGAGAGAGAGAGAGAAAAACUGUCGGCACGAAUAUAUUUGAAGUUGGAUGAACCCUCGACUGUGCUAGACUUAGGGUUAGGGGGCUCAUGUAAGGGCUAUUGUUAUGGCUAGCGGUUGAAUUAAUGGUACGUUUAUACAUAUGGUUAGUGUGAGUGCAUAGGGCGAUUCUGGUUAAAGGUAGGACUAUGGUUGGGGGAUAGGGAAAGUGUGUGGGAUUUGCUGCACGAUAUGAUUAGUGCCAUUAUUAGAGGGUGAGGAUAGAGCUUUUGACAAGGUUAGGGAUAGGGUCAUUUUAAAGAUGGUAUUAGGGGUAGGGCUAUCGUUAGAGUAAGAGUAGGCUUAAUUGUAGGAUUAAUCUGUGAUGGUUAGGAAUAUGGUCAGUUUUAGAAAUAAAAUUUGAUCUGUUGGGUAAGCGUUGAUGUGAUACUAAGGAUAGGAGUUGGGACAGGGUUGAAGGUGUGCUGUGUUAAGCUCGAUCUAAGAAGGCUAACAGAACGUUUCACAAUACUAAUGUGUGUGUGUUAUGUUACCGUGUGUACGUGGUUUUGUUCGUGUGUGUAUGUAUGUGGUUUUGUUCGUGUGUGUGCGUGUUAUGUUACCGUGUGUAUGUAUGCACGUGGUUUUGUCCACGUGCUGGUCAGUUUGCUCAGAGAAUCCAUUGGCUUCUUACAGGACCACCGGUCUAAACGAAACGAGACGGUCUUCAUGACGUGUCAAGAUGCCUAACACUUGGGUGUCUCCAUCUCUUGGCCACGCUCCAUCCGCGCGGUUGAAACGGUUCGCGCGGGACAUUAAGUUUGGUGUGUGCCGACACAAGCAGUGUGGUCUUGGUGAUGUCCCAACGGUGAUGUGGAGAAGCGCCACUUGGCGUACGACGCCUCGUUGCCCACAUCCACAACUUCCCCUGCCACCCGCCACCUGUGCCAGCCGCUCGCAAGAGCCUGGGAGUGGUGGGGUUUGUUUCGUUAAUUGCCCAGGGGAGUAAUUUUGUAUAUAGAGUUACUAUAUAAAAUGUACGUUUUAUACUUUUUUGUUUUAAUGUACAGCCUUGUUGGUGCAAGGUGCGUGUCAUGGUUAUCGUUUUGGCGGGUGAUUGUGGGAAUUGUGAUAUGGCGGAGCUUCCGCGGGGUUUUAUUUUUAGUGCUGGUGUCGGUUGUGCCGAGUGUUUUAAUGUUGGGGAGGAACGUGUGAGUAGCAGGCGUAAGUAAACCCAUGAAUUUGGACGUCAUUACUUAGCAGAAUCACCAGAUUUACUUUUAUGUUUAAAUUCAGAGGUUAUUGCGUGUGAGCAGUUUGGCAUAACGUGAGGGCAGGUCAUGUGACCCCUCCAUCUCGGAUGUAGGGACUUGUUGUAAAUCCUGGUUCGCGAUGCGAUUCAUUAAGCGGUGCUAUGAUUGUGGGGGAAUGUAGCGGCUUCAAGCACCCGCAGGGGUUACAUGAACCCAUUGAGAAAUGCAUUUCUCACACCAUUCAAUGCAUGUAUCGUGAGCUAAAUGAUUUGUAUUCAUUGACGCAUCGUUACAUCUACACAGAUCACGCAACAAAGAUUCACAUUGUUUAUGGAUAUUCUGUACUUAAAUCGGGCUGUUGUGUUAAUUUUGAAAGCGAUCGUGCCAUUAAUCAGAUUAAAAUAAAUUGAAAGUACCAAGCAGUGAAUUACUUUAUAUUACUUCUUGAAACACAAAGUACUUUCAUUCGUAACCAGAGGCUGGUGUCAUCUUCAGAAGUUACCCGACCAAUGCUGGCUAUGCUCACGGAAGGGGUGGUCUGCUCCAAAUGUCUCCGAGUCCUUGUGUCCAAUGCACAUCUCGCCGCGGUGACUAGGAGAUGUUAACUACCUCGCCUGGUAUGCAGGAGGUUGUGGGUUAGAUCCCGACCUCGACGCCUGCUGUAUAUUUGGAGUUUGCAUGUUCUCCCCGUGGUCGCGUGGAUUUUUCUUCGGGCAUCCAGUUUUUCCCCUUCACAUCAACAUCACGCGUUUUAAGAGUAUCUGGCUGCUAUAAAUUCCCGCAUGAUAAGCCACUUUGUUGAGCUAUCAAUUUUGGCAAGGUCGCUUCUGAAUAAGCGCUCUAUAGCUCAGUGGGCCUUACCUGGUAAAAUAAAAAAAAUAGUUGAGUUUUUUUGUGUGUCAUGUCUAACAGGGCCUCAUCCAGGCUCGCUCCACCAGGUGGCGCCCUGGUUUGGGCCUUUGACUCGCGAUCAGAGGGACACACGUUCAAAUCCCAGUCAGGAAUCAACUUGGCCGAUCCUCAUUGAGCUUUCAUGGUUGUUGUUUUUUUAAAGGUGCUAUCUAAUGUAGGGAAGUCGACAGCGGUUGUCCCAUGGUUAGACCGGCCUCCACCAUGGGAAUUAGGAAUCUCCGCUCCUGGCUCAGGGCUGCCAUUGGAGAUGAACACUGGCCCCACGCUCAUUCGAGCAGAUACUCGGUGUCAUUUAAGUAAUCCAUUCCCAACACAGAGAUGGAGCUGCCAUGGUGUGCACGUGAAAACCUGGCUGUUGUCAGAUGUUUGCACGUGGUUGAGUCCACGUGAGAACACCUGCUUAAAACACAACAGCUUUGUGGACCGUACAACAGCAGGGAAAUACGUCACUGAGGAAUCGUUUUGGUGUCUAAAAUCGUAUUUUGUCGGUUCUUGUCAAUUCAGUGCGUUGGCGUUAAUCCUUCCGAUCGCUGCUUUAAAAACAAAAUAACGUUCGCUUUGGAUGGAUGCCUUGGUGUGGCUGUUUAACCCCCCCUCCCCACCUCCCUUUGUCCAUGCCCCAUCCUCACGUUCUGUAGUUUGUGUCCUAAUCAUGGUGCGGCCGUGCCCCCGUUAGCGUAGCGGCACCAGAUGAAGAAACGUCCAUCCGCGCCUCUCGUGGCAGGCCAGUGAGACAUCGCACCAUCGGUAGGGGGGACGACCCCAGAAGAUGUUAUUACAAUACCGCUCUUUCUUUCGUAUGGCCUUUGAAGAGUGGCUGGCCAAACAUUCUAACUGGACGUUUAGUCUGAGAAUAUAUUCGAUGGCAUCGGGAGUCGCUUGAUGUACGGCCUGCGUCGGUGUGUAAUGGAGCGAGUGGUCGGUUAUGUGAUGAACAAUUUUGCGUUUCACCACAUGCAUACUACUUACUGCUGAGGCCUCUUCAGUGGUGUCUUAGCCACACGCGGAGGAGCAUCAGUUAUCUGCAAAGAGUGUUGUUUGCUUAGCAAACUGACAUUGAAUUGAUUAACAAUACAGCCACAGUUGAAGUCCAUCAUCUCUGUAGGAAUGUGGAAUUUCCACCACUCUUGGCUGUUAACAGAGAUGCGUGCCACCCAACAAUUGUAUGAGCAGGGAAACACCUUUAAUCAGUGUCCAAAUAGUUUAACAUAUACCACUUGUUUUAUAGUCGUUACGAUCUUUAUCGUUAUUAUUAAGGGUAUUUAAAUUUAUCAGUGGGGGGGGGGGGGGGGGUGAUUUAUUUGUUAAGUACGAAAUGUUACUUUCUGCCCAGUGGAGGUUAGUUAUGUCUGCUCUAAUGAACACCUCGAUGGUGCUCGUCUCUGUUGGUGGCUCCGAGCCAGCGUCAUGAAUCCCACAAUUAUAUGGGAGAGGCACUUUCAUCCCUCUGGACCACCACUGUUGGCUUCCCCACAAAACAAUCGCGUCUUUCUUUACCCUACUCGAGAGACGAUGGGCUUUGUUUUGGGAUUUGAGCUUCCGACCAUUCAGUCACCCGCUUGAACACGCCAACUAAAGCGUCGCACAAAGCGUUCCUUGAAAUCCCUCGAUAAGCUGUUGAUGACGGGCCAGCGCCUUGUACAUUCGGUAAGAUCUUGGUGUAUUAAUUAUAAUACAAAUCAAUAAAAAUAGACUUUGGACAAUUGUAAA